AUGGUCUUCUCCUCAUCUCCAGUGCUGUACCCACCCAGCUCGUCACCUCCAGCGCAGCCACCUGCGAAGAAGAAGCGCAGGCUCUUCCAGCCGUUUCCCACCGAUCCACAGAGAAAGAGGCCAAAGGUUGUGGGUGGGUUCCUCGAAGACACCGAUGCUGAAGAAGACCAAGAGGUGUCAACGAGAAAAGACACAGAGACAAUUGAAACUCCGAGCAUUGAAGAGCCCACACUAUCAACGUUCCCGAUCGAAAAGCCUGUGGAAGUAACAGACGCAGCAAUCCACCAUGCGCGCGAAGAUUCGUCUACUAUGCCUAGGCUUCCCCCGUUACCACGGCCUUUGCUACGAAGGUUACCAGCAAAGACACUCAAUCUCCGAACAGCUUCUGGGGCGGUCCUGGAUAUUCCCCUUAGACAAAAGACUCAGGCGGUAUCAUACGAGCGAACGAUCGCCGAGCGCUCAGCACAUGUUCCUGGCCGGUCACAUAGAUCGUACUAUGGCAUUGAGAUCCAUAAGCUCGUGGACGACGCGAGAACACAGCGACAGUUGGACGAAUAUGAACAGAAGAGGCAGGCGGAACAAGCAGCCACAAAGCCUUCAAUCCAAAGUCCUGCCUCAGGGAAUCGAAUUGAUCCAGUCGCCCAUCAGAUGUGGACCGAGAAGUACCGUGCCAAAAAGUUUACAGACCUUGUGGGUGACGAAAGAACCCACAGAGCUGUGCUUCGUUGGCUCAAAACCUGGGAUGAUUUAGUCUUUCCAGGACACAGCAGACCAAAACCAACCAAAAUCUAUGAGGACAGAGAUGUCGUUGAACAACAGCAUCGAAAAGUGCUGUUACUGACUGGUCCUCCUGGGUUAGGAAAGACCACAUUAGCACACGUUUGUGCUAAACAGGCCGGUUACGAAGUUCUCGAGAUCAAUGCAAGUGACGAUCGCAGUCGGGACAUAGUCAAGGGAAGGAUCAAGGAUAUUCUUGGUACAGAAACAGUCCGUGGCAUCAAAGAGCAAGGGAAAGCUCGCAAAGCUGGUCGGCCUGUCUGCGUUGUCGUUGAUGAAGUCGAUGGUGUCACAACCGGCUCCAGCUCUAACGGGGGGGAGGGUGGUUUUGUCAAAGCACUGAUUGAUCUUGUUCAGCUUGACCAACGAAACGCAAGUCAGAACGGAAACCAGACGAACCCUGUGGGGAAGAAAAGAAAAGGCGACAAGUUCAGAAUGUUGCGACCCUUGAUCCUGGUCUGCAACGAUGUCUAUGCCCCUUCCCUUCGACCCCUUCGAACAAGCUCGAUCGCCGAGAUCGUCCACGUCAGGAAAGCUCCAAUUGACAAGGUCAUAACGAGGUUGAAGACGGUCUUCGAGAAAGAGAGCAUCGCGUGCGAAAACGACGCUGUCCGCCGUUUGUGUGAGAAUGCCUGGGGCUUAGCAAUGCGGAAACAAAGAGGCAUUGGUACUCGAGGUUCGGGCGAGGGUGACAUCCGGGGUGUAUUGGUCCAGGCUGAGUGGAUUGCCCACAAGCUGCGUGCCAACGGGUCGAAAACCAGGCUCACCAGGAAGUGGUUGGAGCCGCAGCUCGAGAAUGCCCAAGCCGGGCAGAAAGGCCUUGGGCGUGGUGGUGUGCGAGAAAUCGUCGAGAGAGUCUUCAUCGAAGGGGCUGGGCUUUCGGACCUGCCUGCCAGCCUUUCUACAGACGACAAGAGGCUCGUGGCCGAGUCUAAAACCAACGCUGUAGGAGUCGCAGACCUUCGCAAGCGUGCUGCCAUCACUGCUUUGCGGGAAAUGGUCGAUACUUCGGGAGACCACGAUCGUGUCAUGUCCGAGUGCUUUGCGACAUACCCGAAUCAAGUAUACCAAGAUGAUGUUCAGCUGAGCAAACCCAACGCGAGUUAUGACUGGCUACAUUUCCACGACUGUUUGUCAAGUCGAAUAUUUUCCGGUCAAGAAUGGGAGUUGACACCUUACCUGAGUACCAGUGCUUGUGGGUUUCACCAUCUGUUUGCGACAGUCGACAAAGGUCCCAAAGCCUGGAACGAUGACAAGCCCGACGAAGAGCCUGCGGACUUACAUCCCUUCAGUGGUGCCAAAGCCGACUUUGCUGCCUAUGAGGCGGAGAAGCAAAACCGCACCCUGUUGACAGAGCUUCAGUCGAGCUUCUCUGGGUCCUUGUUGCGUCUCUUCAGUUCCAUAGACACCAUUGCAGCUGAACUGAUCCCGAACGUGGGCAAAAUGCUCGCACCUGACGUCAAGCCCGUCGUGAUAGGUGGCUCAGGCGGCUCGGCCAGUGUCGCAAGUGUGAGGAAGGAUACCGAAAAGACGUGUAUCAAGAACGCCACCCGGACAAUGAUGGCACUUGGAUUGUCUUUCGAAAAGGUCCGAGUUGAAAUCGAAGGAGGUGGCGCCCAUUCCAAUGGUGGUUACGCAUACAGAAUGGAGCCACCACUUGAUACGCUCCUCACCUACCACCUCGACGGAAAGGUUGCUCCUGUCCGCUACGCCAUCAGACAAGUGCUCGAUCAGGAACUCGCCAAAGAAAAAUUACUGCAGAAUUCUGUCGCAAGACAGGCUCGAGCCGGAGCGUCAUAUCUUGACGACGAUGGUGUUGACAAGGAGAACAUGCCGACUGUGGAAAAGGUGGGAGAGACGAUGAACACCAAGACUACUGGGGCGAAGCGUGAUUUCUUUGGUCGUGUCAUACUCGAAAGCGUCAAUGCCAAUGAAACUCGGCCAAAGUCUUCAGGAAAAGGUGUCUCCGGACUAGGCGACAAGACUUUGACCACGACAACGGAAGAAGGGCGAAUCUGGGUGUCGUUUCACGAGGGCUUCUCGAAUGCUGUUCGAAAACCCAUUACACUCAAAGAGUUUCUUGAUGGAUUUUGA